AUGGAAACCCCACGCCGGUGCAUCGGCCAUGCUUGUUCCCGUGACGCUAUCUGGACAGAACUGGCGCGAGAAAGUCGCAUACACAAAUGGCGUUAUUGCGAGAGGACGAUAAAGGCACUCUUCGAUAUGCUGACGUGCGUCUUCGAAGGUGCUCCUGAGAACAUCAGACCACGACUGGCACGCUCACUGGCCUGUCCACUAGUACAACUACUAAGGCUCGCUCUGAAGCAGUUCGCCGAGGUGAUCACGUGGCCCCUCUUCGCCGAACAGGUCCAGGACUCAGUGGAACAGCUGGCCACGCUGCUACUUCACUUGGCCAACUGCCAGAACGGUAGUUCAUCGCCAACAUUAUCACCCCCUUCAACAACAGCAUCAUCGAUGACGUUACCGCCGUCAUCGCAAACUUCGUCGCCAUAUUCGGCACCAACGUCAUCAGUUCCAUCUACAUCUUCGCAGGCGUCCAUGCAGGCUUCAACGCAGGGUCCAAGCUCUGCCCCUGCAGAAAACGACGAGACAGGCAGCCCAGCUAGUGUCCUUAUGUCUACAACUGUCCCCACGCAAAUAGGAACUAACGCUUCAAUUACAAUUUCAACUAUCAUAAGCACAUCUACGUCGCCUAUUCUUUCAUCCACUAGUAAUGAGAUCACAUCGAUGCAGCCGACAGAAGCAGGCUCACCGUUUACGGUGACGCGCUCUCCAAGGACCGAAGUCAAUAGUGACUCAUCGAACACGACCACCACUGAAAGGCUUUCUACUACGCAGAGGACAAUUUUGACAAGCCUGACGAUAGCAGAUGUGAAUGCUACAUCUGAUGCUACGACGCAGAUUGGGACGUCUGUCACGCAAGCCAGCACUUCAAGAAUCUCUGCUUCUAUAACGACAGUUUCUCCAUACAACCUGACAACAACGACAGGUGAAACAACCGAGCCUCAAAAUAGCAAUACACCAAUAAGGGUGACUACAAUUUUCCCGACGUCAAAUAUCCCCACCGGUUCCACAGUCAGCGUACCGUCCGACAGCAGCAGCAUUAAUGGGACGUCGCCGACGGAGGGCCAAACUAUCAGUCGUGCGACAACGGCGAGCAAUUCAAGCCCGGGCACCAGUUCGGAUGGCACAAGCUUCUGGCCGUCGUUGCCAUCUCCCUCAAAUACAUUUAAUCCCGAAACUUCCAGCACUGUUUCCGACCAGAGUUCGGCCAACAACUCCACACCCGUUACGACGGCGACAUAUCGCAGCACCCACAUGACGUCAUUUAUGACCGUAUCGUCCGUGACUUCGACAGCAAGUCUUUCCACUAGUGCCUCGACGAUGCAAAGUAGCAACGAAACGCCAGAACGGACACCUACUGUCUCAACGGCAGUGACAUCUGCCAUCCCGACUACAGGGUCAUUGGCAUCAUGCGUCAACAUUACGCUGCCAAACCUCUUCGGUCUCGACACGUGCCUUGGACGCACUCUUGACGCUUGCACUACUGACAACGAUGUCUACAAGAUCGCAGGAAGCGUGGUCACGUGCACAAUCCGGGUACUCAGCACAUCCCUGAGCCUGCAGUGCGUGCUUGCUUCAGCCAAGGAGAUCAUCGUUGCGGCGUUCAGCAGAUUCAGUUCAGAAGGAGACGACAGCCUCGCGAGUGUGCUGAGUCCUUUCAAAUGCAACAAUAUGGCUCUCGAUGGGCUGUCCUGCAGCGGCAACUUGCGCUUGACAUUUCCAAGAAGGUUCGCAAAGUGCAUGAACGGAAGCACUGAAGUCUGCAGAGGACAGGAGCCUAUUCAGGAACAUCUGGUAUCUUCUCUGCUGAACCAAGUCAAGUGCAUUCUGGUCACGAUUGUCGGCGACGCCCCUUCGAGCGUCCUCUCGGAAAUCCUCUGCGAGGUGUCGUCCGUUCUGGCCGAGAAGGUCCGCCAACUGCCCUACUUCGGAUUCCUGCGCAGCUUGCUCAAGCCGGUUCUGAAACUUCUCAGGAGGAUCGUCGGAUGUGAAUAAAAACCACCGCAUGUAUCCAGCUACUGCCGUUUGUUCACCGUGAAUUUUACAGAGCAAAGAAGGUCGCUUGCAGCGCCAAGUGAUUUUUUUUACCUGGAUCUCAUUAUGCAACAUUAAAAUUGGCUGUAUGACGA